AGUACCCGGAAGAGCAGCAUAGUGACGCCUUACGAACUAAGUACAAAGAAAGUUUGUAUAAAACUCACCUUCAUCUUCUAGUCCAAACUUAUCGAAUAACAGAGAUGGAGGGUCUCGCGUCCGUGCAUGAUCUCCAGGCGCUGUCUGCUCUACUCUCCCCAAACGAUGAAGAUGAGGAAGACGAUCUCCAGCAAGUGAAGCCCGUGGCGAGGAUGGGCCCGGGACAUAUCGGCUCUCCUGCUGCACCUUCGGGGAAAAACAACAAAGAGGGUAGCAGUGCCUAUGUGAAGAAGAACAGCAAAAACAUCUGGGAUGAGGAUGAAGUGAUUGAGGGAGCACAUUUUGAUGACCUCACUGACCCACGGCCACAGCCAGAGUACGAGAUUGUGCUGAAACAGUCUGUUGGGACUGAAGAUUUGUUUCUUGGCUUGAGCAGAAAGGACCCCUCAUCCAUGUGUUGUGACAGCAUGCUGGUAAGAGUUAAACUGCCAGAUACAAAAGCAUCUGAUUUGGUGCUGGAUGUGAGAGAGACAUUUCUUGAUCUCAGAACUCCAAAGUAUAAGUUGGGCCUUCACCUGCCUCACCCAGUGCACAAACAGGAGGGGAAUGCCCGAUUCAUUGUGGAGAGAGAAGAACUGGAGAUCACACUGCCCAUGAACAGACCAAUGGACUGCAUCAGCCUGACCUGAGAGAAACAGAAAGAGUGACUGAACCAUGAGCUGCAUCAGUUCAGAAUAGACAACUUCCACAGAUAUAGUUCUGCAGUCUUUCACUUACAGUGCUGAAUCCAAAAUUAACACUAGAAUCAGGAAACAAACAUAAAAUGUUUCCAAAUCAAGUCAAUCCAAGUGGAAAGGAACAGGUGCCUAUGUAAGAAUAUGUUGCUGUCCAGUUAUUCAGUAUUAUAAAACUGUUUUAAUUCUCUUGUAAGUUUAAGCAUAAUAAAAUGGUGAAUCCUUUUAA